AUGUGUUUAUUUUAAUUUUUGAUUUUGAUUGCAAAUAAUCUAUCAAAAUGUUCUCUAAAAUAAAUCUAAAGCACGAAUAAUUAUUAAAAAUAUUUAUCAUCAAAAAUAGUUUCUACUUAUUAAAUUUAAAAAUUUAAUUAAAAUAGAAUGAGUAAAAGAGCAAACAAAUCUAUUUAAAAGAAAGAUACAAAGCAAGUAGUUCUCCUUCCAUUUUCAUAAUAAUAUAAUUCCUAGGAUUCUUUAUUCAAUGAGGAUAAUGAGAUACUAAAUUCUCAAUACUCUAAUAAUAUAUUUAGUAAACCUUUGAAUAAAGAUAACAUUCAGUUUACAGCAGGUACUGCCUCAAGUAAAGCCUUAGGACUACCUAAUCCUCUCUUUGAAAAUGAAUGGGAAAAUAAUUUAAAUGAUAUUCCAAUUUAAAAAUUUAAAACAAAUAACUUGAAUAAUAAAACAUACAAUGAGGUAAAUAAAUAAAAUUUGAAUGGUAAUACAAUUUUUGGUAAGAGAUAAAAUGAAAUUGAAUAAGAAGCACCAAAUCUAGAUGAAGAAGAUGAUGAUGAAGAUGAAGAUAUGUAUGAACCUGAAUAUCUGAUAGAUAAGAGGGUUGUAAAUGGAUAAAUUGAAUAUUUAGUUAAGUGGGUUGAGUUUUCAGCUGAAGAAAGUACUUGGGAACCAGCAGAGAAUAUUUAAGUAUGCGCCUUUGAUCUAAUUUAACUAUUUGAAGACUCUAAAAAGUAAACAGGAAACAAAUAGAAUACGCUGAGUAAUAAUCGAUCACCAAUGCUAACUCCAACUUAAAGAAAGUAAAUGCAUUCCCCAAAUUUAUAAAAAAAUAGUAAUUUAUCUCAGCUAAGAGGUAGAUCGCCAUUAAGAAAGAGCCAACCAGUUACUCCAUAAAUUAAAAGUGGUAUUACUUAAUAAGAGCAAUCAAUAAAAAGCCCAAUGUAUUAAAAAAAUAACUAAGCUUCCCCUUUAAUUACUUAUGGUAAAAGAAUUGUUAAUUAAAAUAAUAAACUAAAUCAAAAAUAGUUAGCUGAAGAAAAUCUUUAUCUAUCAAAUAGUAUUUAAAGUAAUUAAAAUUCCCGCGUUUUUGAUAAUAAAUUAUAAACUGAAAAUAAUUCCAAGUCACCAAACUAUGGAAAAACUCUGACUCCAAAAAAUAAUAAAAAGGUAGAACCUCUAUCAGAUGAAAAUAUUAUAAAGCAAGUUUAUAACUCAUAAGGAGAAAUUAUUUUUGAAUAAAAAAAAAUGGUUAAAGAUGAUAAACAAAAUUCUGAUAAAAAUAAGUCUCCUUUACUAAAGCUAGUUAAAGAAUCUGCAUUUUACUAAAAUAUAGUAUCAAAUAAUAAUAAUAACAAAACCCCACAGACAACUCCUAAUAAAUUAUAAGACUAAUCUCCUUUUCAUACCCCAGUUGGCAAGUCAUAAUCUAAAUAAAACUAAAAUAUACCAAAAUCGAAAUCUCCUAUCAAUACAGCAAAUCAAACAGAUUACUAAAAGGAAAAUAAUUUUCACUUUUAAGAUAAGAGAUAUGAAAAUUAGUUUACAACAGAAAGCAUGAAUAUUGAAGAUAAUAUUGAUGACUAGUAUGUACCUGCAAAAAGAGGUCGUCCUGCUCAAAAUAAAAGAUUAGAAAUUCCUCCCUCACCAAUUAUGACUCCUACACCUAAUAUUAACGAUAAAUCCCCUGUUUCAAAAAUAAACCGCUAAAGAAUUUACUAAGACAUUUAAAUUUCUGAUGAUCUGCUAAAAAGCCCCAUCUAAAGAGCAACACCUUUAAAUAAAACUCAAGUAUACAAAGAAAAUUCUAUACCAUAAAGUCCUCCAAUACUAAAUGAUUAAAUCGAAUUCAAAUAAUAAUAAUAGUAAUAAUCUGGAAGGAAAAAAAGGCUCUAUAAGAGAAUAGAAAUAAGUGAUCAUGAAAGUUCUGAUAUUUAAAAUAUAGAAUUUUUGGAGAAUAGAAAUAACAAAUAUGAUGAUGAUAUACUUCCUGUAUUUUAGGAAUACUAAAAAAACACAAGAAGUAAAGGAUUAAGUAAUAAUUCUCGCUCUUAAACAAUUUCUACUUCUAUAACUCCUACUAAAUUUUAAGGUAAUACCACCCCCAACAAUUAAAAAUCAAAGACUUCUAUUUAAAAUCAAUAAAACAGCACUCCUUUAAACAAAAACAAUUAAAAAGAAAAUGAAAAGAUUCAAUAAGAACUCUAAUAGAAGGCCUUCAUGCAACAAACAACACCAAAUAAGAAAAUAAAUUCAAUUUGGUAGUAUAAUAAAAAUACCUAUUAAAAAGACUAGAUAACACCAAAUAAAAACCAGUAAAUAAAUGUGAAAACCCCUUUAAAUAAUUUUUAAGAAAAUGAAAAAACACCUUAAAAAAAUUAAUCUGUCAAAACACCCAACAAAGAAACGAGAUCACCAAUAAAUAAAAUAGAUCCUAAAUCUCCCAUGAGCAAGUAAAAUAAAAAAUCUCCUUUAAACAAAUAGGAUCAAAAAUCACCAAUAAGCAAAUAAAAUUCAAAAUCUCCAAUAAGUAAAACUAUGGAAGUGGAGGAAAAUAGCAAAAGAAAGAGAAGAAGACAACCCUCAUCAAUUUCAGAUGAUGAAUUGAAUACCUUUAAAUAAAAUUAAUAGCUAGAAAGUCUUAAUUAAGUAAUUACAAAAUCAGAUUUAACUCCUCAGAAAAGCUUGAAUUAAACUCCUUUAAAAAAAGGAGAUCUUACACCUACAAGAAGAUCUAUAAGAAACAAAGAUGAUAAAAGUGAGCAAUUUGAUGAAAGUAAGGAGAAAUAAAUUGAUGAUAAUUCUAAUUAAGUUCAUAUGAAGCUCCGUGAGAAUAGAGUUCAACUUUAAGCCUAAUCUGAAAAGAUUAACUAAGCUUUAAAUUAUAGUAGAGAAAAUUUGAAUAAUCUCAAUAAGGUUAGUUUUAAAAUAUAACAAGAAGAAAAGGAAGACUUGUAUAGCAGAGUCAAGAAAAGAGUAGAAAGCAUAAUUUAAUAAAAUUAAUAAACUUCUGAUUAAACUACUGCUACUAGUAAAAAGUCUAAAUUUGAAACUCCUGUAAAAGAGAAGACAUCAUCAUAUGAAAAAAUAACUCCAGAAAGUAAAUCUAAAAACUCUAGACAAGGCAGUGCAAAAAAGAAUAAAAAAAUAGAUCCAAAGACUAGUAUUAAAAAGAAUGAUUAAAGAUCUGCAACAAAAGAGAAGUAAAGUAUUUAAAUUUUAAAUAAUUAACCAGGGAAAGGUUAGUCAUAAAGUGAAAAUUUGAGUGAAUAGAAAGUUAAUAGCGAAUAAUAAUCUAAUGAGACUUAAUUUUAAAGUGCUGUCAAUGAAAGCUUACAGAAGGGCUAAAAAAAUAAAUAGAUUAAAAAUAAAAAGGAGGAAAAAAAUCAGUAAAAGGAUUAAGAAAAAUAAGAGAAAUAAAAUGAUUUAAUUGAAAAGCCAGUGGAAUAAAACACUAAUUCAAUCAAUCACUUAGAAAUAACACCAAAAGCUGAAAGUUAAAAAUCUCGCAGAGUAUCCUAAAGGCUAUCAAAUUUAAAAUAAGAUAAUUCAAAGGAAGAUAAAAUAUAGCCUAAUUCAAUAGCUUCUAAUGAUUAGCAUAAUUAAGUAACUACCAGGAGAAGCUAAAAUAAUCAUAAAGAAAAUGAGUAAAAUGAAUAACAAGAUUAGUUUAGAACUCCAGUGAAAUCAAGUGGAAAUAAUAAUUAGAAAGUAGAUCCUAAAGGAAGACUGACUAGAAGCAGUAUCAAAUAAAAUAAUAACAUGACUUAAAAACAAGCAAAUGAAGUUUUAUUUCAAGAAUAAGAUAUGGAGAUAGAAGAAUAAAAGUAAGACUGUUAAGUUUCUAACAAAAACUCAGAAAGAAGUGCAAAUAAUUAAGACUUUAAAUAAAAUUAGAAUUAGAUAGACUAUUCAAAUAUUUCUAAAAUAAUAGGUCUUCUUUCAUAGAAAAAGUAAAAAAGAGGAGGAAAAACUUCUCAAAACAACAAUAAGGAAUAUCCUUAAUUCGAAGUAGAAAUGAGUAAUGGCGAAUAAAAAAUAUUGAAUUAUGCUUAAAUUGUUGAAAUAAAUCCAAAGAUGGUUGCCGAUUUCUUAAUAAAAGAUUAUAUGUGA